UUACCACAUCCUUUCGUGCGUUUCAGAGUGUUAGCACAUUUCCUGGGUCUCGUGUCGAGCCUGUCAGACUCCGUUGCAGCCAUGGUGAGCUACUGCCCUAUCUGCGGGAAGCCCGUCUACUUCGGUGAGAAAAAGAGGUCGCUAGGCCGGGAUUAUCACCCACUGUGUCUGAAGUGCCACAAGUGCAAAAGGCAGCUAACGCCUGGCCAACAUGCAGAGCAUGAUGAGAAGCCCUACUGCACUAACUGCUACUUGAGAGAUUUUGGGCCUAGAGGUACCAGAGCACCGAUGCCUCGUACCCGUAGCACUGCUACCUCCUAAGAGCACUCUCAACUCCAGCCAUGUUCCCAAAUGCUACAGUCAUGUAUAUAUCUGCUAGACCACCAACUCCAACUUGUAGAUCUCCAUCUCCAUCUAGUAGUUCUCCAAAUCCAACUGGUAGAUCUCCAACUCCAACUGGUAGAUCUCCAUCUUCAACCGUUACAUUCCCAUCCUCAUCUGCUACCUCUUCAAAUGAUAGUGAUCAUGCUCCACCUGCAAGAUAUCCAUCUCCCUUGGCAACAUCUAAAUGGUCUCCAUCUUAAACUGUUAGAUCUCCAUCUCCAACUGCUGGAUCUUCAUCUUCAACUAUUAGCUCUCCAUCAAUAUUUGCUAGAUCUCCAUAUCCAGCUGCUCUAUUCUGCUUCAUCUGCUAGAGCUCCAUCUCCAACUCUUCGAUCCGAAUCUCCAACUGCUAGACCUAGACCUGAGUUGCAAGAUUUCCAUCUCCAACUGCUGCAUCUUGAUCUUCAACUAGUUAGAUCUCUAUUUCCAUCUGCUAGACCUCAAACUGCUAGAUCUCCAUUUCUCCAACUGCUCUCCAUUUCUCCAACUGGAUCUUCAUCUUCUGUUGUUAGGUCCCCUAGAUCUCCGAGAUCUCCAUGUCUAAUGGCUUGACCGACUUCAAAUGUUAGAUCUUUAACAGAUAGAUCCUCAUUGCCAACUUUUAGAAUCCCAUCUCCAAGAGUCUCCAAAUGUUAGAAUUCCAUUGACAACUGCCAAAUCUAAUCUAAUUUAAUGAUUAAAUUUCUAUCUUCAACCGAUAGUGCCACAUCUACUAGACCUACCUCUCGAACAACACCAACUACUGGAUCCCCAAAUAAAUCUUCUAGAUCUCCACAUUUGAGUGCUAGUUCUCCAUCCUUUCCUGCAACAUAGCCAGAGCUCCAUCUGCUAAAGGUACAGCUUCAUCUCUAUUGGAACUACUAGCUCUCCAAUUUCUUCUCUCCCUGUCAUUUUGUUUUGCCUCGCUUUCUCCAAACACCAACUCUGGUAGAAAGAAGGUCGGGCCUCUGAUGACCACUAGGCAACUAGCCUUCUUCUACCCCAAAACCCCAGACUCAUUCCUCCCUCCUGCCUCCUCCCCUCAUCCCUCCCACCCCACCCCAAUUUUGUAUAGCCUCGCUCCUGCAAUAUUGGACGGUGUUCAAAUGUGGCCACAAGAGAAUACAUGCAACAUUAAACAAAACUGCUUUAAGGGCGUCCGUGCAGCAAAUCCACUUUUUGGCUCCAGACGCUCCGUCAGAUGGUUUUAGUUUGGCCUAUGGAACUUCAGCGCACAAUUCAUUAAUCGAUUAUUUCAAAACAUGCCGUGACCUUUCUGGAGGUCUAUUUAAGCAAAUUUUUAUUACAAAAUAUUUAAGCAAAUUUUUAUUACAAACAAAAAAAAAACAAAAAACAAUGGGACAAUGAUCAAUAUGUAUAUUUUAAAUAUAGGUCUAAAGCUGACAUCCCAAACAGACAGGUUUUUUUCUAUUCUUAAUUUUAAUUUAAAUGUAUUUUUCUUCAAGAAACUGGAAAGUUAUUAUGAUUGCAAAAAAGAUUUCACCAUUCUGUGUGUGUGUGUUGUUUUAUUUUGUUUUGCCACAUCAACCAUAAUUAUUUCGUGAAUUGUUUAGUGAAUUCAUAUCUAGAGUUUAAGAUCUCAAACGUGGUAUUUUUAAGGGGAACCAAUAUUAUAAAAUGUAAGCUGUAUGAUAACUAACAUGCUAAGAAUGUAGUCUAUAUCCAGCUAGCAAGACUAAUCAUGAGCUAGUUUUGAGUUAAGCUAAUGCUAGUUUUUAUGCUAAUUCAUAAUUCAUAGCUACAAGUUGUAUGUGUGUGUUCUAGCUUGCUAUAAUGCUAGCUUGCGAAUUGGUCUGUUUACUAAAAUGCUAGUUUAUCGCUUAGCCAGUUUGCUCUCAUGCUAGUUAAGCUUUUAGUUAGUUAGUUAGCUAGUUUAGUUAGCUUUUUUUUAAACUAUAUAACUAGUCCCUGUAUUAGCUGGGAAAACAUGUAUUAUUUGGGUAUUUCAAUGUUCAUCCACUGGUAAAAAUGGUGGUUAUUUGGUGUAUGUUUUUUUAAACACUAGCUAGUGUUAUCAUAAUUGUGUCAUAAAAAUUUUAGCAAUUUAACUAUAAGUAAGGAUUUUAAAAAAUUUCCAGGAGUGCUGUUACAGAAAAUUAAUCAACGAGAGGGUGGUGUGAUACAGCUUGAUACGAAGUUCAUAUUCCCACCCUGAAGUUUUCUAUAUAUUAUUUUCCUAUAACUGAGAGUUAUAAUGUGUUUUAUUGCUCUGAAUCCACAGCAAUUUGCCAAUGCUAAAAAUUUUAUUUAUUAAAGAAUGAAAAAGAA